AUGGAACCACCUAGACCUAUCAAAGGAACUCCUGGUAGUAGAAUUAGAGUUGUUCUUGGAGAGGACGGUAAAUCAUGGUUGCUCUUGUUGGAUAAUGAUGACGGCGACAUGCAGUGGCAGUCGAAAGCUUGGGCAUCAAUUCCUUAUGGAUUGGCCAGUCAAAUAAACAACUGCACAUCGAAAGGAAGAGACGUCGAAUAUGUUGAUUUUGGUCCUGAUAAUACGUGGUAUGUCCAUGGUAUCAAACCAGACGGGAGUGGAUCUUAUUGUUGGUGGGGUGGUGUGGAUACAGCACAGUCCAAUGAGAUAAAAUCAUCAUCCCCCUGCAAGAUAGCCUUGGGAUCCCAAGACUCAGUUUCCUCUCUGUGCACAAUCACUGGAACCAACGGGUCAAUCGGGUACUGCUGCAUGAAUGCCCCAAGUGGCCUGUUGAAGCGCCUCAAGCAAAUCCACAGAAGAUCGCAGAGAGUUCAUAUUAUGCGGUUGUUCGCUAACGGUCAAUAUUAUAUCAAGGACGAUAACGGGGAAGGAUGGAAUUCAGAUAGUAUUUAUUUUGAUCGGGAGCUCCAGAGCAGCAACCAGAAAGUAGAAGAUGUAGCAAUGGCUGAGGACGGUUCGUGGAUAAUACUACGCAGUUACGACUCAGUUCGCAGCGUUGGUCUUGACGAAAGACUCGAGACUUUAAUCGAGGAUUUCUACACCAUGCAAAAGGAAAGGAAGACGAAAAGAGAUCGAGAAAUCCAAGAAUAUCGUGAAAGAGAAAGAGCUACGAAUGCGGCUACUGAGGCCGCUAUAUUAAGCGCGUUUCAAGGAGUAUUGGAACAUGCUGCCCGUUUAGACGAAGCACGACGAGCUGACGAGGACCGUGAGGAAGACGCUCGACGAGUUGAAGAGGAAAGAAUACGACGCGAAGAAGAAGAAGAAAAAGAGGCAACUGAGGCUGCUGCAAUACGCGCGCUCCAAGAAGAAUUGGAACGAGCUGACCGAGACGAAGAACUACGACGAGCUGAAGAGGAAAGGCGACGCCGUGAUGAAGAAGGACGAGCAAAAAAGGCUGCAGAGGAAGCAUCCAGAGCAAUUGCCUUGGAAGUGCAACUGGUAGAAAAGCUGACUCAAGAAAAGGAAAGUAUCGGCAGACUCGAAACGAAACUCGAGGUAAUGCAAGAUCAUUUGGCAGAAAUGCAAGAUGAUGUUUACAGUCGGAAAAGAUUACUAAGGGCGUCACUUAUGGCUUUACCACCUACACAACGACCACGAUGGAACUUGGAAGAGGAAAUUGCUAAGCCAAGCAAGAGACAGGAGAAACCUCAGUGUGUCAUCUGUCAGGACAAGACUCCUGUGCGAGCUCACAGAGCAAUCUGA